GGAAAGUAUUUGCAUUUCCCAGUGAUAUGGUGUUCUUCAGAGAGACAUCUUGGAAAAUUUAUCUACCCUUUUCUGGACACAUUUGUGUACCACAACAACUGAAGGUGACAGCAUGUGGCACUAGGCCAUCGCCCAUGCUCUUAAACAGCUCCAAGGCAUUCAGAACACUUUUGUCAUACUUUGCUGCCCAAAGUGUCCAAAUGUCCAGACUGCACCUGAUGGUCGAUACUUUUGGACCCGGCACAGCUUAUGCUGCUUACACCACGGGCUGAGCUGAUCUGGAAUCGAAAAUGAAUUGGGCGUCUUUUUAUGCCGUAAUUAGCGGUGUAAAUAGGCAUUCAACGGGCAUUGGCCGCAUCUGGCUGUCUGUCAUCUUCAUCUUUCGCAUUCUGGUUCUUGUGGUGGCUGCCGAAAGCGUAUGGGGCGAUGAGAAGUCUGGCUUUACCUGCAACACCCAGCAGCCAGGUUGCAACAGUGUGUGCUAUGACCAGUUCUUCCCAAUCUCUCACAUUCGUCUCUGGGCCUUGCAACUGAUUCUUGUAUCAACACCAGCUUUGCUAGUUGCUAUGCAUGUUGCACAUCGCCGCCACAUUGACAAAAAAAUUCUCAAAAUAUCGGGACGAGCCAGCGCCAAGGACUUGGAACAAAUCAAGAAUCAGAAGUUCAAGAUUACUGGUGCGCUUUGGUGGACCUACAUGAUAAGCAUAAUUUUUCGAAUCAUUUUUGAGGUGGCUUUCUUGUAUAUUUUUUACCUGAUCUACCCUGGUUUCAAAAUGGUACGCCUGGUUAAGUGUGAUUCUUAUCCCUGCCCUAACACAGUGGACUGCUUUGUCUCUCGUCCAACAGAAAAGACCAUCUUUACUGUCUUCAUGCUGGCAGUAUCUGGGGUUUGUGUCUUGCUAAACAUUGCAGAGGUGGUGUAUUUGAUAGGCAGAGCAUGUGUCCGAUACUUCCAGACACCCGAAGGGGAGCCGAAAGGACCUUGGCUCACUCAAAAGCUGUCUUCCUACAAGCAAAAUGAGAUCAAUCAGCUCAUAUCAGAGCAUCCAUUCAAGCCCAGAUUGAACGUGGGCAGAAAGAGUCCUAUUGACAAGGGGGAGAGGUGUUCUGCCUUCUAGCCAUCAACAUCAUCUGGGUGAUUUGUUUCACUAAACAUCAGUAACCAACUUGAAGGGUUUCGGUAAUUGUGCCCUGCAUACUUGUCUUCAUAUAUUUAUUUUGGUUAUUGUCUUAGACCUCCUGGGGUAGAAGAUUUUGAAUGGCUAAUUCUUGAAAGGAAGGUUUAAAACGCAUGUAAUAUGUAAACAUCUUCCAUGUUUUCAAGAAAUGCAAGAUGGAAGGGUGGGCUUUAAGAAUUUUUUUUUCUUGCAAGAUAUCUUAAAGAAAUACAUGGAGAGGACCUGAAAUUUUUUUUUGCUGCUGGAUGAUAUGCAAAAUACUCAGAUGCAGAGCUUUAAACACAUGAAGGUGUCUUGAAAUAUGAAAAUCUUAGAAGAAAUAUUUCAGAUACUUGAGGUUUUAAAUUUUAUAUUACAUAUAUAAAAAACAUUAGGUCCACCUUGCGUACAGUUAGAGACUAUCGCUCAUCCGACACUCACUGCCUUGACACUACCAAUUCAAAUAUUAUUUGGUCAGAAAAUUAAGUGGUGCACUGGAUAGCUGACAGGCCUAUGAAGGGCUAAAGGCUGUAAUUGUGCACCUAUUGAGCAAAUAGGUAUCACAAUUUUUGCAAACAUGGAUGAAGGGAACAUGUAUGAUACAUUUGAACCAUUGAGAACCUGUUUAAAAAAUUAAAUAAUACAUAAAUAAUGAACGUUUAUUUUAUUUUUGUUUUUGUUUUAAAAACAGGAGAAAUUACUCUAAAGUUCAGUGUUCAGAAUAAAGGGUUUUUACCCGUACACUUUAUCAUCUUCAUUUAAACAAUAAAAGAUGAAUACAAAUACACAUCAUUUACUGAUAUAUGCACUGGCAUGUUUGUAAAUAACAUUUCAUCACUGUGGAUUUAUUGAAUUGAUCAUUGCUGCUUAUUUAUUGUAGUGCUAAAACUUUGAAAAAUAGUAAAAAUAUAAAGUAAUUCAGAUUAGCACUUUGUAAGUAUAAAAACAUCUUGUACAGCAUUACUGAAUAAAAUGUGGAGUCAUUUGAA